UUCGCAAUGCGAUUACCAUCGACUCAGCCGAGCGAAAAUCUUUAAACGUUUUACGUUUUUACCCACUAAGAAAUCUAAAUCUCAAGUGAACAAAAUGGACAGGAAAGUUCAAGUUGAAGAAUUUUUUUGCGAUAAUGAGGAAUCGAGCGGCGAAAAGGCAAACCUCGAUCAGGAAAAUGCAGCAAUCGAACACGAGUUUUCGAGUCCCUGGGACGACAAUGACCUCAUUCUUGUUGUCGAGGACCAGAAACUCCACGUUCAUCGCUCCAUCCUCAAGAUGACGUCACCAGUGUUCAAAGCCAUGCUUUCAUCCAACUUCAAAGGAAAAGAUGCCAAUGAAAUAACCUUGCCAGGGAAGAAAGUUAACGAGUUUGUUGACUUCUUGCGACAGAUUUAUCCCCUGCUUGAUGGCGAAAUAACACUGAAGAACAUCAAGUACAUCUACAGACUUGCAGAUGAAUACCAGAUGGCAAAAGUGAUGAAGGACUGCAGAAUGUUCUUGUUUUCAGUAACAAAGACAAAAGAGAAUACCAUAGAAAUGUUGAUGUUAGCACAAGACAUAAAGGCAGAGGAGGCUCGUCAGCAGUGUUAUGAUGUACUGAAGAAGAUGACUUUGACUGAGUUGGAGAGUCUGGAGGGUUUUUCCGAAUUAGAUAGACAAAGCAUGCAGGUGUUAGUUCUACCAAGGGUCAAGCGACUUCAAGAAUGCAUGAAACGAAUUCUUCCCGAGUUUUUAGGCUCAUUGGAUGCAUUGGUGUAUUUAUGGUGCCACGAUGAAAACAAGUACAAAAUGCACGGUGCUCCAAGCACGUGUCCAAAACAUCGCAUAUAUUCAUCCGGGUCAUCUCGCAACAUUAAUCCUAACCUAUAUAAACUAUAUGAAAGAAUAAAAUGCAACACUUGCAAGGGAAUGUUCAGCCAAAUGGCAAUGAACGCAAAAGGCUAUAUAUCUCCAUCUAAAACGUAUCUUAGUGAAAACAUCGUGAGUAUUCUGGAAGAAAUCGUGGAUCUCACCAAAUAACGUUAUUAAUUAAGCACGUACACGUUAAGAGAUCUUAGGCCUAGGGCAAACAUCAAAUUUUUCAUGCACCGAACUCAUUAAAAACAAUGGAUAUCAGGUGAUAAUGAGGCGGCAUUCUUUGAUGUAAUUAAGUUCGGUGCAUGGAAAGUUCGACGUUUGCCCUAGGCCUAAGAGGCAUAAUAGAUACGACCGCUAUUGCUGCUGCAGUCUACAUAAUUAAUACGUGUAUUUUCUUUUUUUAAAGCUGUUAUUAUUACUUCUGUAGUCAAUUUACAACGUAGUCGUUUUUAUUAGUUGCAAAAUCAAUGCAAGAUAGGGGCGGAUCUAGGAAUCUUAGAUUUUUAGAAAACAUGGCUGCCACUAAUAUGCAAAAAUUUAAAACUGUUUUUUGACUUUUUAAAUCUUAAUGAGGGUAACAUUAAAGCAAUUAAAACCAAAA